AUGACGGAGGCAACCAAAAGUAUACCAAUAGAGAACACGUGGGAUUUCACGACACAAGCUGAGCUCUCAGAGCUCUCCAGGCAGCUAGACUUCGAGGAAAAUCAUUUUUACUGGCUAAAGAAAUUUCUCAAGUUCGUUUUUUUGUGUCCGGUGCAGCCAAAAAUUAUUCAAAAAUCGGGAAGAGCCAUGAUGCACUCGACCUUUAUUUUUUCAAUAACAGUGACGUGCACCAAAGCUUACAAAGAAUUAUUUGUAAAUGAAAUAUAUCCACCAAUGCUGGCAGAGCUUGCUUUUCAAUUGAUCGUUUUGUCGACCACUUAUAUUAUUUAUUUGCAAGCAAUAGGUAUGGAAAAAGAAGUAAGAAUCCGAAUUCAAUCAUUGAAGAAUCCGAAUGAUCCUAAUAGGAUGUGCGAGAUCAUAACAAUCGACUGGCUCGGUAUCAAUGAUCCAGAGGAGAAGGAUAUCAUGAGGGUGGUGUGCGAACGAGGAUCUCGCCUGAUAUUCAUACACUUUGGCGUCUUGCUACCGUGCUUCAUGGGUUACGCAUUUGCUCCGGUGGCUUUGCCGUACAUUCUCAAUCGUUACUUGCCGGAAAACAAGACCCUCAAGAGAUCCCUCUGCGUUCACGUCGAGGUGUUCAUCGAUCAGGACAAAUAUUUCAACUUCAUUUUAUGUUUUGUUAUACACAUGAUUAUGUUGGUUCUGCUGAUUACCUGUGCCCUAGAUUUGGCCUACACGUCUUGCAUCACUUACAUCAUGGGCAAAAUCAUAUGGAUAGGACGAGUUUUCGAAAAACUUAAUGAAGUAAACAUUUAUGAUCAGAGCCCGAGUUUGAAACAAAAAGCAAACAUUUACAUUCAUCAAACUGUUAUCGGAUUGAUUAAACGUCAUCAAAAAUGCUUGGAUUUUUCUCAAACGUUGAACGACGCCUGUAGUCCCAAGUUCAUUAUUGUCGUGGCAUCCUUGGUGAUUUUAUUAAGUUUAUCCGGAUCUAUGGCAGUCGUUGAACUUUCUUAUGACGUAAGUAGUGCUGCUAAGAUGACCGUAGCUUUUACAGUGUUAUUGGUCAUAGUACUAGUAAUGUGUUACCCUAGCCAACUGAUGCUUGAUGCCAGCCAUGAUAUAUAUUUCAAAUGCUACUCCAGCAAAUGGUACGAGUAUCCAGUAAGAACCAGAAGACUAUUGAUUUUGAUGAUGAUCAAAGCAGCUGAACCUUGUUGUAUGACGAUCGGACCCACAACGCCUCUUAAUUUUAAUACAGCGGGCAAAAUAAUCAAAACGGCUCUGUCAUACGUUACGACGCUGGUAUCACUGUGUGCUCUCUAA